GAACACUUCCCAGGUGUUAAUUAACUUCAAGACCCUGCAUGCAUGAACGUGGACCCCCUUAAUCUCUCUCUCCUUGUGUAGCAUCAAAGAUCGGUUUCGUUAAGAUCUUUCUUUCUUUUCGAGACUAAACAUAACAUCGAAUUUGAUUGGUUUUGUAUUCGACGCCAAUAAUGGCGGCAGAAGUGAAGAAGAACUCCGAUCACGAUUCUCAAUUCAAGACCGCUCCUCUACGGGCUACUAAAACGAAAAAUCAACGUAAUCAAGGAGGAGAUGAAUUAUUGAAGGCAGUACUGACGAAGAGGACUAAAAAGGCGAGUAUGAUGGAAAGCACAACUUCAUCAACUACUAUUGAAUCUAAUAAGAAGACCUGCGUUUCUACUCAGAAUCUGCAGACUCCAAAAAGAGGGAAAUUAUUUAAGGCUCCAACAAAGAAGAUGAUUGAUGAGAAGGCAAAUAUAAAUGAAAGUGAAAGCAAAAACAAAUCACGGGAAGAGUCUAAGAAAAUGUGCACUUGUUCUCCAACCACCCAUGAAGGUUCAUUUAGGUGUCAUCUCCACCGCAAUAUUGGUGCAGAUCACAAUAAUUCAAUCACUGAAAAGAAGAGCACUCUGAGUUGCCAUUCCAUUCGAACUCACCACAUAGCAGAAUUCAAGCCUCAGCUGUCCAGGUUUGGUAGAGCCGCUUCUGCUGAACUAGUAAUAACAACUCAAGAUAGCUUGAGCCAACCAUCAGUAGUUAGCUCCUCUUGAUAAAUUGAGCUUACUUGCAGAUUCUAUAGUUUCUUGGUCUUAAGGGAGAAAGAGAUCUUAGUUUCUCCUAGCUUUAUAGGUUCUACAUUCAAUUUCUUGGUAUCUGUAUUAGAUAGUCUUGUCUGAAUUGAUGGACCUGGUGAAAAUAUCCCAUGGCUAGGCUAAAUCUUUCCUUGAAAUUAAAACCCUUGCUUUUUAGAGAGGUUAAGGAAAAACUAUCUAACAAAAGAUGGU